CCCGAACAGCUAACCAUAUAUGUAGUCGAAUUCGUUUGGGCACACAAUCUUUCUUAUCCUGUUGAUAGACGCUGUGUUCUUUACAACAUCUCAGGUAAGUUCGCAUCUCCAGUUUUUAGGCAACAUGAUUUUUACAGCUUCCUUGACCUAAAAAAUAUACUGAAGAGUUCAAUCUAUGUGCGCUGAAAAAAAAAAAAAAAGUUUUCAGAUAUCAUAAAUGGUGCAGGUGGUCUACGGCGUCGCGUUAUUUGGAGGCAUAUACUGCGGUUUAGAAUGAUCAUGACCGCAAAUUUUGCUGGAUGCUAACGAUGUGCCGUUAUGGCGGCAAAUUAUCAAAAACUGAAAAUGUGCAAAAUUGUCUACCUUGUCGAAAUACUUGGUACUGGAUGCGUAGUUCGCCCGAAUCCAAAUUAUACAACCAACACAAGCUCCACUUUUGAUCCGAAAAUUAAUUUUCUCGUUUCUCUCGUUCGUCACGAUCUGCCUCCAUUUUUGAAGAAAUUCAUAAUCGGUUUCGUUCGUUUCUUUUUAAUGAAUUAUAGUAAUGAGUUGCGAUCUAAAGAAAGCUCAAGGAAAAGUCAUAAAUUUGUGUUUACGUGGAGACGAUCCCAUAUUGACUGGCAAGAUGCAGAUUCACAUUGUUUCCGCUGCUUCCGUAAGCAUCGCUCCUUUCCCUUGUUUAUACUCUGCGAAUUCAUAUUCGAGUUGUAAUGAACAAUGCUCCUAAAGGAAAAUUAAGCGAGCAAAAAAUUAAAUGAUUUAGAGGUGCGAACCUUAUCAAUUCAGAACUUUGGUCGACGAUGAGAGAACUUUUUUGGAGCAAAUACCAAAUGUGUCAUUACGUACCCAUAAAUGUUUUCGUUGCUUUUUUUUUCUCUUUUUUUCCUCAACGAGAAAGGAUGUGAAAGAAAAUAAAUCGGAAGAGAGGCUGACAUGGUAAUAAAAAUGUUCUUGAGACUUAUUGUAUCUACUCCACAGAUUAAAGUCCAGUCCAAAAUGAGAUCCACUUUUGUUGCCUCGCUGCUUGUGUUCAUUUUAAUAGAAGGAAGCAAACCUGUCGUGGGUGAAGGAAAGAAACUCAAACAGCUGCAAGCCAGGGUGAAAGCAUUGGAAGAGUGCCAACGUAACAUUUAAAACUUGUAGAAAGUUGUGGAAUGUUUAUAAUACUAACAAAUCUUGAUCUAUCAUAUUCAAUGUGAUGGUGAUGAAAUAUCUAUCACAGAGUACUUUAUCAUGUAGAUAUUGAUGAGAUACAAAAAUAUCUCCUUUUUCCAAAAGAUAACAUCCGCUAACCUACUCUCAGUGAACGUACUUUUAUGUAUUUACGUCCAUAGGUAAAGAUAAAAAUGUCGUCCUCCAUGGAAACCUAGUAUAUCUAAAUAACUGUCUUGUUUUCACAAAGGGUUUUCUUAAAUUCACGAACAAUGCCAGGGUUUAGUUCAAAUUUUUCUACGAGAGGCAAUAUUCUUGGGAUAAGAGCCUAUAAAUCUCAUUUUUAUGUCGGAGGUUAUAGUAGCUUCAUAGCCGAUGUGGUUUACAUGCAUACGUUAUCUGCGUUAUUUGCUCUUAAUACAUGCUUGAAAUUUGUCUCUAUAAUUUUAAUAAACUUAUAUUUUAUAAUAAACAGAACAGUACAUGUCUUCCUUUCAGAUUCGAAUCUAUCUUUACGUGUCACCCGUGAGAGAAGCUCACUCGUGAAAUAUAGUAUCAAAAUUAGUAGAUAAAAAAUUGCAUCCAUGGGCGGCCAUGUAAUGUUCUCUUUGCACUUUUGAGCUGUUUGGGUAAAAUUGAGGAAGAAAGUUUCGUAUAUUGACUCUUCAACGUUUUUUAAAGUUUUUCCCGUCCUUUGAUAGCCUGCUCCGUGAUUGAAGAGCUGUUGGUGAGAGUUAAAGCUUUGGAAAAUAGGACUCCAGCUCCACCUCCCCCGACAAAAGCUCCAAUGCCAUCAGGUAAGACGAAAGCAGUCUGAAUUUUAUUUCCUUGAAGCUUUUUUUAACAUUUUAAUGUCAGAAAAUUAGCAUUCUGGACCGGGUUGUUCAAGGAUGGGUUAAGAUAACCCAGGGUUAGUGUAAAAUCAGAUUUAAGAUCUGAAAGCUUUAAAAGAAAACUCAGCAUUAUUCUUUUUAUGUACAAUUGGUUGAUUGGAUGCUCCAAAAGAAUAGAGUAAGUUUUCUUUGAACAAAGGAAUAAAGAAACUCGGAUCAAAAUUCACCCAUAGGUUAGCGCUAAUCAGCCUUCGAACAACUGGGCGCAUAAACAGCUGACAUGAUUUAGUCCCAAUUUCUAUGAGCUAACAACACAAAGACACAAAGAAGGAGAUACAAUUGAUGAAAAGAGAAAAAGCUAUCUAUUGUUAGUUACAGUUGUAAAUGUAUUCAGGACCUCAAAUAAGAAACGAUUAUAUUGUGCCGGCUUCCUUUCUUCUCUGUAAACUGUUUCGGUGAACGUUUUUCCUUGUGAAGCGUAAGAAAAGAAAUGAUAGGGUCGAGUCUCUUCUUAAAAAAUGGUUGCUUAACAACAACAAUAGCAUUUGUACAUCGUUGAUGCCCAUUUGACAUACAGGACAAGUCUAAAACUGUUCAUGAAAUAAUGCAGAGUAUGUAUAGCUUUGUUGAACUAAUUGGAAGCUUGUUUCUGUCUCGUACUGUAGAAUGUCAGAACUAUCAAGUUCUGGCAGAUGCGAGCAGGAAUGUUAACCAUGGCGCAAAUCCACUCUUAUGCGAUAACCAUCUCACGCCGAACUGGUAUCGCUUCCAAGGAGCGGCCGGGGUUAAAAUGCUUUCAUCUUGCCCGCAAACAUCCAGGUGCGGUACCCACGCAACUGGGUGGUUGAGUGGCGACCAUCCUUCAGUGGAAGAGGGUAAAGUCACCAGGAAGGUCUGUUUCUCGUGGAGUAAUUGCUGUACCUGGUCGAUCGAUAUCCAAGUGAUGAAUUGUGGCGAUUUCUUCAUUUACUACAUCGAUGGAACGCCCCGGGAGCACCAGUGCCAUUUGCGCUACUGCGGUACCAACUAAGAAAGUAAGAGAGUUCUGUCGUGACACCAGAGUCUGUGGCUUCAAGCAAAAGGGAAUAAAGGGGUGAUCGGGAAUCUAUUAAACUGCUCAUAACUAGCUUAAAAAGGAGAAACUUCGUGCUUGAUACUAAUUGUCAUGGAAAGCCAUUAGUUGAGGCCUAAUAAAUGUACUUCAAGAAAGUAUUGUCUGUUUCUUUCCAUGGUUUAUACGGGAUGAACUACCCACUGUCUCAUGAAGAAUGCAACUAAUCCAAAUUUGAGAGAAUUUUCCAAACAUUAAGAACUG